AUGCUGCGCGCCUCACCGCUCAAACAGGCGGCCUGCAGCGCCCGCCGCCCGGUCCCCCGAGCCCAGCCGGCCACCAGGCCCGCAUCCCUGGCCCCGCCCCGGCCUGGGCGGGUCCCCCGGCCCGCCAUGGCCAACGAGGCGGGCAUCUCGCAGGAGGUGGUCGUCGAGUCGGCGCCGGCCAGCCUGCUCAGGGGGUUGGGAGAUUCCGAUGGAGGGAUGAAGGCGAAGUUCGAGAAGAUGAUCCGAUCGGGUCAGGAUGAGAUCUGCGCGGCGGUUGAGGCGCUGGACGGCGCGAAAUUUAGGGAGGACUCUUGGACGAGGGAGGGCGGGGGGGGCGGCAUCAGCAGGGUGCUGCAGGACGGGAACGUGUGGGAGAAGGCGGGCUGCAGCGUGUCGGUGGUGUACGGCACGAUGCCCCCCGAGGCGUACCGCGUGGCCACGGGCGCCACGGACAAUGGCAAAUCGGGCGGGGAGGGGCGGGUGCCCUUCUUCGCGGCGGGCAUAUCGUCGGUGAUGCACCCGAGGAACCCAUUCGCGCCUACCAUGCACUUCAACUACCGGUACUUCGAGACGGAGCCCUGGGGGGACUUCCCGGCGCAGUGGUGGUUCGGCGGCGGCACGGACAUCACGCCGUCUUACAUCGACGCCGAGGACCUGGCGCACUUCCACGGGACGUACAAGCGCGUGUGCGACGCCCACGAUCCCGAAUUCCACCCGCGGUUUAAAAAAUGGUGCGACGAGUACUUCGAGAUCAAGCACAGGGGGGAGCGGCGGGGCCUGGGCGGCAUAUUCUUCGACGACCUGAACGACCGGGAUCCCGAGCUCCUGUUCGACUUUGCCAAAGACUGCGUGGCGCACGUGGUGCCGGCCUAUCUGCCUCUGGUGGAGAAACACAAGGGGGACGCGUUCACGGAGGCGCAGAAGGAGUGGCAGCAGCUGCGGCGGGGGAGGUAUGUGGAGUUCAACCUGGUGUACGAUCGGGGGACCACCUUUGGGCUGAAGACGGCCGGGCGGAUAGAGAGCAUACUGAUGUCGCUGCCGCUGACCGCGCGGUGGGAGUACUGCAACGAGCCCGAGGCCGGCAGCCCGGAGGCGGACCUGCUGGACGCUUGCAGGAACCCGAGGGAGUGGGUGUGA